UGGCUCUGGCAGUGAGGGGGCGGAGCUAGAAAUCAGCCGUCAACAGCUGCAGAAAGAUGGGGGCCCGUAUACUGACUGCAGUGCCAUAGACCAUAGGGGAGAGCGUCCACCCUAUCUCUGCUUUUCAAGGGUUGGUGGUGAGGACACUUAGAGACGCUUGAGGUUUCCCUCUUUUCUGCACUGUGGUCCUUCAAAAACACUAUGAGUGAAAUAGACGACUUCUGUCCUCACCUGGACUCAAUAGGAGAAGUCACCAAGGAGGAGCUGAUCUUGAAAUCGAAGGGAACAUGUGAGUCUUGUGGAGCUGGCGGACCCAACCUGUGGGCCUGUCUGCAGGAUGAGUGCCAGUACGUGGGAUGUGGCGAGUCCUAUGCUGACCACAGUACCCUGCAUGCCCAGGCUAAGAAGCACAAUCUGACGGUGAACCUGACCACCUUCCGGGUUUGGUGUUACGCUUGUGAGAAGGAAGUUUUCCUGGACUCUCGGGUUCCUUCUCCUCCUCACUCCCAGUCAACUUCUCCCAAACUGAUCCACAGGGAAGUACCUGCUGCUGUCCACCCAUUAAAGUCGGUCCCCAUCGCGGUGGCUGAUGAUGGAGAGUCAGAGAGCGAUGAUGAUGACCUGAAGCCCAGAGGUCUCACAGGGAUGAAGAACAUUGGUAAUUCGUGUUACAUGAAUGCGGCACUGCAGGCGCUUUCCAACUGCCCUCCACUGACGCAGUUCUUUUUAGAGUGCGGGGGUCUGGUGCGGACGGACAAGAAGCCGGCGCUGUGCAAGAGCUAUCAGAAACUCAUUUCAGAACUGUGGCACAAGAAGCGUCCUAGUUACGUAGUGCCCUCAAGCCUUUCUCAUGGAAUCAAAUUGGUUAACCCUUUAUUUCGAGGCUAUGCCCAACAGGACACCCAGGAAUUCCUGCGCUGCCUUAUGGACCAGCUACACGAAGAACUUAAGGAACCCAUAGCCUGUCAUAACCAAGAACGUGAAGAAGAGGAGAGGGAGGAGCAGCGGGAGAUGGAGCGCGGCACAACAGAGGAUGACUUUCUGUCCUGUGAUUCUGGCGGGGAGAUGGGUGACGGGGAAGGUGGAGGAGGGGGGAAGGGCUCGUUGUCGGAGAUGGAGCUGUUGAUCAGGGAGGAAGCUGGAAGGUCCAUCUCUGAGAAGGAAAAGCUGAAAGAGAGAAGGUUGUCGUAUUGUCACCGCAGGACCAGCUCCGAGCAGGCGGAUGAGGAUGCAGAUGUGGACACGGCAAUGAUACCAGAGCCUGACAACGAAGCCUACAUGCGCUGCUCUUCUCGGUCCUGCAGUCCUCACCCUCCUGACUCGCACGCCAAACUCUCCAGCAGCCCCCCUCGCUCCAGCCCACUACGCACGGCACACUCCUACGUCUUAAAGAAGGCGCAAGUCGCGAGCGGAGGGAAACGGCGGUCAGAAGUCAGAUAUCGCAGCGUCAUUUCUGAUAUCUUCGAUGGGUCCAUUCUGAGCCUGGUCCAGUGCCUGACAUGCGACAGGGUGUCCACCACCAUCGAGACCUUUCAGGACUUGUCACUUCCUAUCCCAGGAAAGGAGGACCUGGCGAAGCUUCACUCUAGCAUCCAUCAAAGUGCUGUGGUCAAAGCUGGCGCCUGUGGAGAAAACUACAGCACCCAGGGGUGGCUGGCCUUUCUUAUGGAGUACAUCCGCAGGAUUGUGGUCUCCUGCAUCCCAACCUGGUUCUGGGGCCCCGUGGUCACCCUGGAGGACUGUCUUGCUGCUUUUUUUGCUGCUGAUGAGCUAAAAGGUGAUAACAUGUAUAGCUGUGAGCGCUGUAAAAAGCUACGAAAUGGAGUGAAGUAUUGUAAAGUUUUGCGGCUCCCGGAGAUCCUCUGUAUACACUUGAAGCGCUUCCGACACGAGGUGAUGUACUCCUUCAAGAUCAGCAGCCAUGUUUCCUUCCCCUUGGAGGGCCUGAAUCUCCGACCUUUCCUGGCCAAGGAGUGCGUGUCCCAUAUCACCACCUACGACCUGCUGGCUGUCAUCUGCCAUCAUGGAACUGCAGGGAGUGGUCAUUACAUAUCCUACUGCCAGAACGGGAUUAAUGGUCAGUGGUACGAGUUUGAUGACCAGUACGUCACCGAGGUGCACGAGACUGUGGUUCAGAAUGCAGAGGCGUACGUCCUCUUCUACAGAAAGAGCAGCGAGGACGCGGAGCGGGAGAGGCAAAAGGUGGUGUCCCUGGCAGCCAUGAAGGAAUCCGGUCUUCUACAGUUCUAUAUCUCUCGCGAAUGGCUCAACAAGUUCAACACUUUUGCAGAACCGGGACCAAUAACUAACCAAAGCUUCCUCUGCCGUCAUGGAGGAAUUCCCCCUAACAAGUAUCAUUAUAUUGAUGACCUGGUGGUGAUCCUGCCUCAGAGUGUAUGGGAGUAUUUGUACAACAGUUUCGGGGGAGGCCCGGCUGUCAACCAUCUGUAUGUUUGCUCUAUAUGUCAAGUUGAAAUUGAGGCUUUGGCAAAACGCCGGAAAACCGAGAUUGACACUUUUAUUAAGCUGAAUAAAGCUUUUCAAGCGGAGGAGUCUCCCAGCGUCAUAUACUGUAUCAGCAUGCAGUGGUUUCGAGAGUGGGAAGCCUUUGUCAAAGGCAAAGACAAUGACCCCCCAGGACCAAUCGAUAACAGUAAGGUGGCACUGACCAAGAGUGGAGGACACGUGCAGCCAAAACAGGGUGCGGAUUAUGGGCAGAUCUCUGAAGAGACCUGGAACUACCUCUUUAGCAUAUACGGAGGAGGCCCGGACAUAGCGAUUCGGCAAACCAUUGCACCACCUCAGGAGCUGGAGCGUCUCCACGGAGAGCAGAAGAUAGAAGCGGAAACUAGAGCGGGCUAGCAGUGACCGAGGCCCACUUGAAUGUCGACCCCUAGUGGUAGCGUUGACUACUACGCCAGGUUACCGCACUUCUAGAAGCACUUUCGGAUGAGCUGCGUGCACGGACACUGUGUUUUAUCCUUAGCAUCCUUGGGAACGCCGUAUGUUGCAGAUACUAAAUCGCCUAUGAUGAUGAUAAAAAAAAAAAAAAAAGAAGCUAUUUAAAACAUAUUAACUUCCCAGGUCGUUAGUUAACUAAA